AUGUGGUGCCUCUUGUUCAUUGCUCUUCUCGCGACGGUCCAGGCCGAGGAAGAUGGUGACAUCUUCGCUGUGCUGAUCGCAGGGAUAGAUGAAAUGUGGGCCGAAGCAUCCGUAUGUCACACUUAUCACUCGCUGAGAAACCACGGUGUUAAGGAGGAAAAUAUCAUUGUAUUCCUGCUUGAUAAAGGUAAAAAUUACUCUGGGUAAGUGAUUUCAACGCCGUCGAAGGAAAAGUCGAACUUUAUCGCAGCUUGAGGUCCAUGCCUCUUUACCGAUACCACCAAGGUCACUUAAAAGUCGAAAAAACUACUCCAAAAAUUUUUUUGCCGUUUCUUGUUGUAGCAAUUAAUUGGCAAUAGUUCAAGAUAAUCACAUAGAUUGUAAAACCUCUAUAGGAUAAAAAAAUUCGACACAAUCCAACUUUUUGGCUAGGUUGGUACCUGUUGGGCUGUUCCAGUCAUCCGACAAGACGUUUUAAUUUCACUCAUACUAGUCGCGCCAUAAAGUCCGUAGAAUUUUUUUCGCGGACGUCGCGGGUGCCAUCGCCGAAAAAUUCAUGUCGCUAGUGCAAAAACUUUUUGCCACCUCUAAUUUGGGCAUAUUCCCCGUCCGAACCCUACUUCCAAGCUGUAAAAGCGACGUUCAAAUGUUGUCGUUUUGGUCAUUCAGAAAUCCGCAUUUCCAGCAACCCUUGGCCCGGUGAGCUCCACACUUAUCCAGACAGCCCGGAUUACCGUGUCGGCUGCAAAAUCGAUUACACUGGAAAUGACACCAAUUUAGCGGCGUUUUUGGAUGUUUUGAGACAAAACCAAACAAGCCCCCGACCUGUUCUGCGUAGCACCUCGAAGGACAAUGUUCUCAUUUUCCAUGCCAGCCAUGGCUGGUGGGGCGGUUACCAAAUGCCGGGGGGAGGGAUGGAUGUUGCUCAUUUGCAAAAGACUCUGACGUACAUGCAUGAACAAGGGUUUUAUAAAGAACUGGUGUUCGUUUUGGAUAGCUGCAACUCCGGCUCUCUUUUCUUCGAGUGGUUGACGCCAAAGUACAACAUUUUGGCCUUAACCGCGGCACCACACGACCACGUGGCAUAUAUAAAAGGUAGGACUAAAAAAUGACGGAAUGUUGGUGGUCAUAAGGCGCAUUUUGCUAAUGCGAGGAUAAACGAUUGGUUAACAAUAGUUUUAACGGGUCAGAGAGGCUCGUGAGUCGCAGGACAUAACUUUAGAUUUUGGUGGCUUGGCACAAAUUUAGAAUAUUUUUUUCUAAAAUAUUUGCGAGAACCCUAGGUCGCGCUUUGCAGAAACAACCUAGAUUUUUAGAUCGAAAGUCGGUGAAAAUUUGGCACUUUUUGGCACCAAAAGUUUCGUGCUUAUUUCUAAAACUAGCAAAGUUGUGGCCAAAAAGUGUAUUUUCUCUCUUUAGCAUACUCUCUCGUCGGCAAAGAUCGUUCAAUAUCUCGACGGCACUUCCAAAGCGCGAGCCAAAACUUUUAGAAAUUGAUUCAUGACCGACGCACGCCAACCCAAAAUAGGACUACUAAAAUGUGUUGAAUUUCGUCCAAACGAAGUUUUGCACGCACGUCGCGACGUGUGUGCAAAAUUUAAAGAAAGUCUGAGCGUCGCACUUGGGGUCCUUCCCUUGUAAGUGGAUUGAAUUUUGACCCUGUAGGGCCAAGUUGGUAAAAAUAUGCCGAUGGGUUCUCAAGUCUCUCGCGAACCUUGUCUUAACCCUUUUCUCACUGCUUGACAUUUAUGUUUUAGGAUUCUACGUUCCCAAAAUUCACAAAUCGAUUGGCCUGGUUGGGAGCCUCUCGUAUUGGUGGCAAGACACCUUGGAUCACAAAGACAUCUCCAACACGACCAUGCGGAAAAUGUAUUGGGACAUCUAUCAUCGAAACAACUUCGUCAGGUACUACGGUGAUCUGGAUAUUCUGAGCCGGACGGUCGACCAAUUCCAUGGACGGGAAAACCCACAUCCGACCUUGAGGGGCUCUCGCAAGGUAAGAUUUGUGUGUGGUACACGUAAGAGUUUGAUUGUAGAAAGCUUCGCCCAGUCACUCGAUUAAAAUGUGCGACGCAUGA